UUACAUAUUCUAUCUCUUUUGCAGAUAUCGCCUAUGUCCUCGCCCGUCUCCGGGGUAUUGUACAGUUCUUGGUCGUUCCCAUCGGUAAACAUCAAUACAAUCUUCAUUGUGAAAUUAAGUUAGUGUUCCUAAAUAAAAACAUUCAACACACGCACAAAUUGGUUAUUCAUAUAACAAUAAAUACAUUAUCUAUUCAAUUGUUUAUCUAUUUAGUUCAAAUUUUGCCCACAAAUCUUAGUGGACUGCACCGAUAUACACAUGGCUUGAUUAUGGUCUAAAUAAGUGUCUUUUACAUGUUCUUCAGCUUUCAUUAAUUACAAACUCAAUCUCUAUUGGGAUACAUCGAGCUACCCUUACCUUGAACCUUACCUUGAUUGGAUGCUCCCGCUCUUCGGCAUCGUGUUUCAAUGCAUGGUUGUGAAAUUCAUCUUGGGGGCCCCAUGUGUGAUGACAUUACUAAUACGCAAAUGGAGGAGAAGACACUUAGCAAUGGAUCAAAAUGUUGAAGAAUUUUUGCAAUCUAACAAUUUCUUGCCAAUAAGGUAUUCUUACUCGGACAUCAAGAAAAUCACGAGUGGCCUUAAGGAUAAACUAGGCGAGGGAGGGUAUGGGGUCGUGUUCAAAGGAAGACUCCGAAGCGGCCGUGAGGUAGCGGUCAAGAUUCUGAAGAAGGGAAAAACGAAUGGGCAGGACUUCAUCAGUGAAGUAGCUACCAUUGGCAGAAUUCAUCAUGUUAAUGUUGUUGGACUCAUUGGUUAUUGCUUUGAGGGCUCUAAACAAGCUCUUGUCUAUGAUUUCAUGCACAAUGGAUCUUUGGAUAAGCACAUUUUCUCACAAGGACAAGGGAUUUCUCUUGAAUGCAAGGAAGUGUAUAGGAUUGCUCUUGGAGUGGCUAGAGGGAUUGAAUAUCUUCAUCGAGGAUGCGAUAUCCAAAUUUUACACUUUGAUAUUAAGCCUCAUAACAUUCUUUUGGACAAAGAUUUCACCCCAAAAGUUUCUGACUUUGGGCUUGCAAGAUUGUAUCCCACAGAUUACAACACUGUGUCUUUGACUGCCGCAAGAGGAACCUUAGGAUACAUGGCUCCAGAGCUCGUCUUCAAGAACCUUGGAGGCAUCUCUUACAAAGCCGAUAUCUAUAGUUUCGGAAAAUUGUUGAUGGAAAUGGCCACUAGAAGGAAGAAUGAGGACAAGGUUACAGGGUGUUCGAGUCACACUUACCUUCCUUUAUGGGUUCAUGAACAACUUAGUAAAGAAUUGGAAAUUCCAGUGGAAGUUAGUGAGGACGAGAGGAAAUUAAUAAAGAAGAUGAUAAUAGCUGCUCUUUGGUGCAUACAAUGGAAUCCUAACGAUCGGCCUUCGAUGCAGAAAGUCUUGAAUAUGCUGGAAGGAGAAGUAGAUGAUCUACAAAUAUCUCCCAAGCCACUCUUUUAUGAAGCGGAAAUGUCAAGAAGGGAUGAUGGAACUUGGACCGACGAAGGCAAUAAUACCAUAUCCACUACAUCAACUAGUGCAAUAACUUACGAAGAUUCUCAUCUUGAGUGUACUAGUAUUAGUAUUACACAAGCAUAAACACAUAUCAAAACCAUUUGAUCUGGUCACAUAUGUGGCGAAUUGAAACAUGGUAUUGAUGAUGCUU